AUGGAUGGAUGGCAAGAAUUACAGAGUUGGUCGCUCUUGCUCUUUCCAGCCGUCGGAGGCAGCUUGCGCUCCAGUUCUGGCAAGUCUGCGCCAAGACUCACACCUGCCUUCUCCACAUGCACCACCGAAGAGAAGUUGGAAGCUCUCGUGCUCGCUGCCAUACGCCAGUCCGUUUCAAUCCCAAUCACACAUACAGCUAUGGCUGCCACAAAGAUGCAAACGCCACUCAGCCUUCUCAGAGCAUCUGCUCCUCUCCCUCACUCCGCCCACACAUCCAUCUUCCACAGCGCACAACGAUCGCAAGUCUUGUCCUCGGCCCUCGUCCUUUCGCGCCAUGCGUCAUCCGCUGCUUCGACCUCGACCACUUCCGCACAGUCGCAAACACCACAGCUCACAUGGGAUGAGUUCCUGAAGCUCCGUCGUACUCGUCGUUUCAUCAACCUUGGCUCCUCUGCUCUCAGUGGUGCUGCCAGUGUCGGCGUCGCCGUUCCCGCCUUUGCCGAGUUCGAAAUUGAGAACAUUGGCGCUCAGAUGACUGGUCUGGAUCCCAUGUUCAUCAUUGGCGGUAGUUUGAUGGGUGUCGGUGCUGUUGGUUGGCUGUUGGGUCCUUUCUUGGGAACUGCCUUUUUCAACAUCUGGAAGGGAAGCGUGAGGAAAGAGUUCGCCAGGGUACGCCGUGCUCCUGCACGCUGUCUAUUGAAGUCUCGUUCACUGACCAAAUUCUACACAGNNAAAGACAGGGAUUUCUACUCGCACAUCAAGAGAUUCCGCGCCGACCCUGCCAGCUCAUCUGUUAACAACCCCGUUCCUGAUUACUACGGCGAGAAGAUCAACAGCGUCGCUGAUUACAGGCGAUGGCUGAAGGACCAGAGAGCCUUUACCAGAAAGAAGAACAAGAACCUGCUUUGA